UGGAGUCACCUGAGCGUCACGAGCCGAGGAGCUCCGCUGCAUAAAUAGCAGGGCGCGGCGCUCCGACCCUCACACACCUGCUCUCAGGUGAGCUCCUCGCGCUCAGGUGACACACGGCACGCGACUCACUCGUCCGCAGCCUCCGCGACCACCACCACCAUGUCCUUCUCGGUCAGGUACGCCAGCGCCCCGCGCACCUUCUCCAGCGCGAGCGCCUCGGGCAGCCCCCUGCAGAGGUUCCCCCGCUCCAGCGCGAGCAGCAUGUUCGGCGGCGCCGGGGGGGUCGAAUCCCGCAUCUCCGUGUCCAGCCGCCCCGCGCUGGCCAGCAUGUACCGGCCCGAGUACCAGGCGAGCGGCGGGGGGGUCCCCAGGCCGGACGACAAGGAGACCAUGAGGGGCCUCAACGAGCGCCUGGCCGACUACCUGACCCGGGUUCGAGAGCUCGAGCAGUCGAACGCGCAGCUCGAGCAGCAAAUCAAAGAGGUGCUGAGGAAACGGGGGGCGGCGGUGGAGCGCGACUGGAGCGCCUACGAGAAGCCGCUGGAGGAACUGCGCAGACAGGUCCGAGACAUGACCAUGGACAACGCCCGGCUGAUCCUGCAGAUCGACAAUGCUCGGCUCGCUGCCGAUGACUUCAAAGUCAAGUUCGAGUCGGAGCAGGCCUUGCGCCAGAGCGUGGAGCAGGACCUCAUGGGUCUGCGGAAGAUCAUCGACGACACCAGCCUGAGCCGCAUGCAGCUGGAGAACCAGAUCGAAGCCCUGAAGGAGGAGCUGGCUUUCCUCAAGAAGAACCACCAGGAGGAAGUGGCCCAGCUGCGCAGCCAGAUCUCCGACUCCAACGUCACCGUGGAGGUGGACUCGCCCAAGGCCUCCGACCUCAGCGAGACCAUCACCAAGAUCCGACGGCAGUAUGAGAAGGCUGCGGAAAAGAGCCGCGAGGACACCGAGGCCUGGUACAAGAAGAAGUUUGACGACCUGGCGGCCGAGGUGACCCACAACACGGAGGCGCUGCAGGCCGGAAAGAACGAGAUCACCGACCUGCGCAGGCAGAAGCAGACCUUGGAGAUAGAGCUGCAGACGAUGCGCAACAUGAUCCACUCCCUGGAGGACACCCUGAACGAGACGGAGGCCCGAACGGCACGGGACAUCGACGCCCUCAACCAGAUCAUCAUACAGCUGGAGACGGAGCUGGGGCAAGUGCGCGCGCAGGCCGAACGGCAGGCCGCCGACUACCAGGUGCUGCUCAGCACCAAGACCAAGCUGGAGGCCGAGAUCGCGCAGUAUCGCGCUCUGCUCGAGGGCGUGGGCAGCGGCGCCACUGACGACAGAGUGGAGUUUUCUUUAGAUCAGGCUCUGCAAGCAGUGCCGCAGCAGGAAGGCGCUAAUAAGAGCUUCCAGCCCGAUCGCGUGGAUGAGAUCGACGAGCCCCAAGAAAACGAGUGAGACGAAACGGCAGUCGUCCCUGCAGCUCACCUUCUCCACCGCACAUCCAGAACCAGCCUGCUUCAGUGACCUCUCCUGGUCCCUCAGGCACUGCACCCCCUACCUGUUAGCUCUGCUCACUGCCACUAAUAAAUUUCUCUUAAUCCAC